AUGAAUUCUGAAAAUGAGAAAGACACUUUAAGACCUAGUAGUGUCGCUGUUGUAGGUGGAGGACUUGUCGGUACUCUUUCAGCAAUUUAUUUUGCAAAACGUGGUUGGUCAGUCAGUUUAUUUGAACUUCGUAAAGAUGUUAGGAUUCCAGAGAAUAAAAAUAAUGUUAUAAACAAAUCAAUCAAUUUAGCACUUUCAACAAGAGGAUUAAGUGCAUUGGCUGAAGUUGGAUCAGAUUUUGUGAAAAAGGUUUUGGAUAGUGGACUUCCGAUGAAAGGUAGAAUGAUUCAUGUAGAUGGUAAUGGUAAUAACACUAAACUUGUUAGUAACAUAUAUGAUGUUGUUUAUAAGAGAUGCAUAUAUUCAGUAGAAAGAACAGCUCUCCUUGAAUUAUUAUUGGAUACAGCUCAAACAUUUGAUAAUGUUAAAAUAUAUUUUGAGCAUCAAUUGAAAA